AUGACUCAAGAUGAAAUUUAUCUCCGCGUUCUUGAACUUUCCGGCGAACCCGCCGAUCAACAAAACGCCGAGAAGGUCAUUGCGCUUCUAAAGCGAGGAAAGCAUUGGAUUCUUGUAGCUCUCCUACUUGGCAAUGCCAUCACCAAUGAGUCCUUGCCUGUUGUCCUGGAUUGUUUUCUUGAUGGUCCGCUCGCAGUCCUGGCAAGUACUGCCCUCGUCGUGAUAUUCAGCGAUGUUGUUCCACAAUCCAUUUGCGCCCGUCACUCGCUCAAGGUCGGUGCGUUUAUGGUACCUUACGUAUCCAUGUUUAUGGAUAUCAUGGCUCUGGUUGCGUGGCCCAUUGCCAAGUUGCUCGAUGUCCUCGUCGGAGAUCACGACGCCGCGGGGUAUACAAGAUCCGGGCUCAAGGCUCUGUUUUCCCUCCAUACGGUUCUGGGAAACCCCGAAGAACGCCUCAACUCCGACGAAGUGAAGAUUGUCCAUGGCGCUCUUGGAUUGAUCGACAAAGCUGCCACACGCAUCAUGACUCCCAUCGAAGAUGUCUUCUCGCUGUCUGCCGACGCAGUCUUGGACGAAUACACCAUUGACCGGAUCAGAAUUCAAGGGUAUUCCCGGGUCCCCGUGCAUGCCCCAAACAACCGCUUGGAUAUUCUCGGCAUAUUCGUUACAAAGAAACUGAUCAGAUACAACCCCAAGUUAUGCAAGCGAGUGUGCGAUUUUGAUUGGUCUCCAAUUCCGACCAUACACUCGAGAACUACUUGUCUAAAUGUCCUGAAGAUUUUCCAAGAAGGAACAUACCACAUGAUGCUUGUUAGCCAAAAAGAGAGGAAUUUGGUCCUUGGACUUGUCACUCGGGAGGAUAUCCUUGAAGAAUUAAUCGGAGAAGACAUCAUGGACGAGUUUGACUGCAGACAUGACAGAGCAACUCUGUUGGCGCGUCAAAUGAACCCUGUUGCUGCACGCCCUGCUUCCGCUGAGAAGAUUGUUGAAAAGCCCUCGAUCAUCGCCAUCUCCGCACCAGAAAGCGAAGUGAUUAAUGCCUGGGUCAAAGAAACUGCCUUCCCUCAAAAAUAUGGCUCUGUUGAUUAUUUCAACUCUGCAGCUCAGUGGAAGUAUAUUCAAAAUUACCUUGCACAAACAAGAAAACGCCAACAAGUUGAGAAUGCUGCAAAGAGGACAUACGGAACACUAUCAUGA